GAAUAUGGCCGACAAAUGCUUUUGAGAAGUACAUAUUGGGGAAAAUGGUUCAGCUUUCUGAUUCAUUAGAACGGAGUGAGAGCAGUUCUUUUCAGUUUGACUGACAGAGUUCAAGAUUUGGACUGGGAAUUCUCAAACACUAUGUAUAUUUAACAGAGAAAAGUGAUGGUCAUUACCUAAAAAGGUCAUAUUCAAAAUGAAGAGGUACUUCAAUGGAGAUUUUCCUGCAAAUUUGACCAUUCCUGUUGUACUUUACCUGAGUUGGACUCAUUCUGAUUGGAUGUUAUACUUUACAGAAAUAUACAUGGCACCAAUAGUGAAGUGUCCAUGUAUGUUACUUGCAGCUCAGGAUUUUGUUGCAAGCUUAACUAAGCUUCUUCUGAUAAGAUGAUGUUCUCCAGUUCCAAAGAGAACCAGCUGCCAUUAUCUGGUAAUAAUGGUUCGCUUAAUGUCAAUCAGAUAUCUGACAAGGGAUGUUACAGCCUUAGGUCACGUCACAAUUCACAAAAUAUUUUCAAAUGUGAGAUCUGUAGCAAAAUCUUUGACAGCAAUUCUUCCUUGGAACAACACAUGUUUUCUGUUCAUCAUUCUACAAAUGGAGUGUUUUUAUGUGAAUUCUGUAGUACCAAUUUUUCACAAAAGAGCAGCCUCAUGCAACACAGGUGUACCCAUUUAACUAAUACUACUUCACAAGCCAUAUUAGACACAGGUUUUCCUCAAAAGAUUUAUCAAUCACUGACAGAUAAUUCUAAUAUAAAUACUGUAAAGAUGUCACAGAAUUUUACCUGCGAAUUCUGUCACAAAACAUUUAAAACAAACUCAGCUUUGCUGAUUCAUAACCGCAGUCACACUGGUGAAUCUCCUUAUUCCUGUGAGUUUUGUGGCAAGAACUUUCGGCAGACUGCACACUUAGAUGUCCAUAUGAGAAUUCAUACUGGAGAAACACCAUUUAAAUGUAAUUAUUGUAAUAAAUCUUUUAACCAGAAGAACAACAGAAACAGACAUGAGUUAAUCCACUUAAACGGUAACAUAGAACAAAAUCCUACUAUAUCUGGAAUAAACUUUGACCCAAACGCAGCCACAUCCCCAAUUCAUACUUCCAGUGUUCCUAACACAUCUCAGAGUUUCACUGUUUCUGAUGUGAAAGAAUCUUCUUUGACACCUUCCAUUUCAACAGAUCAAAGCAGAUCUAAUGAUUUGAUUGUACAACGGACACCACAAACAUCUCAUAUAUGUCACUUAUGCAACAAAACUCUUAACAGCAAAUCAGCAUUACAAGUGCACUACAGAACACAUACAGGAGAAAGCCCAUAUAUCUGUCAUAUCUGUAACCAAAGGUUCAAACAGAGUGCCCAUUUGGAUGCCCAUUUAAGGGUGCAUAGUAAGGAAACUCCUUUUAAGUGUCAAUACUGUGAUAAAGGAUUCUCACAGAAAGGCAACAAAAAUCGCCAUGAGCGUACUCACUUUUUAAACAAAGAAGGAGAUACUGGUAAAGUAAAUACACUACUGCCAUCAACCAGAGAAGUAUGUCACACAAACAGUAUUAUUGGUUGUGAAUUUGAAACUUUGCUUGAUCAUGAGGGAGUCAGAAUUAAUAUAAACUACAAACAGUUUGUUAAUAUUGAUGCAGACAAUGUUUAUAGUGAUAAAAGUAAUCUAGCUAUUUGUGAGUUUUGCCAGAGCCCCAUCAAAGAUUGUACUUGUGCAGCUACUCACUCUUCCUCAUUCCGGCAAAAUACAGAACCAUAUCCUUUUCAGAAGACUACAGAACAGUUUGUUUUAAGUGAUAACACCAGUAGAGAGGCUGUAGAGAAUCAAACAGCGGAGGCAACAAAUAUUCAGAAGUAUAACAACUCCAGAAGUAAACUCUCAGCCCAAACAAUAUGUAAUGACAACACAUGCAUGUCAGCUUCAAGUGAAUUGUUAAAUUCCAAUACUUCAUCAAGGAACCAUUCAUCAUUUAUUUGCAAAAUGUGCACAAAAGAGUUUGUCACUAACAUUGAACUUCAAAGGCACAUGCAGUGUCAUAAGGGAGUUACUGUUUGUGAAUUCUGUCAUAAAGAUUUUAAAAGCAGCUCAUCAUUAGCUGUCCACAGACGGGUUCAUACUGGAGAGAUGCCUUAUAAAUGUGACUACUGUAACAAAAGCUUUAAACAAGUACCUCAUCUUGAUGUCCAUAUGAGAACUCAUACAGGAGAAAUGCCAUUUCAGUGCCUCUAUUGUGACAAAAAAUUCAGUCAGAAAUGCAACAGAAACCGGCAUAUGAAUACACAUAUGAAUGAAGCUGCUACUGAAUCAAAGGAUAAGUGUGACAAGAAUGAGGUAUAUUCUGGCAACCAGGUUGAAAAACUUCAGUCUCUAACUGAAUGUACAUGUGGGAAUGAAUUUUCAGAACCUAAUAGUUUCAUAACACAUAUAUUAUCACAUGACAAUCUACCUGAUUUAUUAAGUCAAAGCAAUAGUCAUAAUAAUCACACACCUGAAAUAAACUGCAAUAAUUCUGGGACAGCUAGUAUUAAAGACAGUCAGUGUAGAGUUUGUAAUGAGACAUUUACAGAUCAGGCUGGCUUAGACCAACAUAUAGCUUCAUCUCAUAGAAAAAACUCAUUCCCUGUCUCCAAAGAUAAUUGUGAAACUGAAGCAAAUAAAAUACAGGAGAGACCUUUGGGCUUAAUACCAGGUGAAAUCCCUUACAUAUCUUCAUCAGCUAAUAAUUCUCUUGUAGUUUUGAAUAACAAUAUGAGUACAUUAGGCCAUUUAGGAAAUGAAAGUUCCAAAAGUUUCCAACCAAACAAUUGCAACAUUGAAGUUCAGUCAAGGUCACAAUCUGGGGAAUUGCUUUAUGAAGCUGGUUACAUAGAAAAUUCUCAAAACAAAGAAUCCAAAACAAAUAAUUGGAUUGAAGCAGCAAGCUUAAAAACCAGUGAGCAUAGUAUUUCAACAAAUUUUGUUUCCAGUGAUAUGAGCUAUACCCCUGUUGAAAGACUUGGAACUCAUGACUGUCAGAUCUGUAAUUCAAAGUUUACUAAUUAUACAAGUUUUAUGGAUCACCAAAACUCUCAUAAUAACUGUAUAGAGAUGAUGAGAAAAUCUCAAUCAGCUUCUGAUGAAUUUAUUCAUAAUAAUAGCAACUUCUCUGACAGAGGUGUUUUCAAAUGUGAGCUUUGUGGGAAGUUUUUUCCUGACAUUGCGAGCCUCCAUUAUCAUCAACAGGUCAAACAUUCACAAGAGGUUAUUGCCAGGAAUAAUUUUAAUCAACCUAGAUCUUGUCAUCAACUUGAGAAUGGUGAUUUUGAAGAAAGAGAUAACUCCUUCACAUCUAGUCCCAGCAACAAAGGACAUUUAAUAACAGGAAGCACCAACAUAACUUCAAGUAAUAAAGAAGAUUUGGCAGGUAUUAACAACAAACUUUUCAGUUGUAAAACAUGUAACUUCCAUUUUAAUUCCCGGCAAGACUUGAUUAAACAUAAAUUGUGUCACACUGUUUCAACUAAUCAUUCAGUAAAGUGUAAUCAGGAUAUGACUGCAGCUUUAACUCCAUCAAAUACAUGUGCUGCAGUGGCUGACCAAAUGAAUAAAUCAGAUUCUCCUUUGGUUUCCACCAAUUCAAACAUAUGUGAAUUUUGUAAGAAAGAUUUCCGUAACCACUCUGCCUUGGUGAUCCAUCGACGAAUACACACAGGAGAAAUGCCAUUCCAAUGUGAAUACUGUCAUCGUGGUUUUAGGCAAGUUGCUCACCUUGAUGUACAUUUACGUAUACACACUGGGGAGACACCUUAUAAAUGUGCAUUUUGUAGUAAGAAGUUCAGUCAAAACUGCAACCGAAUAAGACACCAGAAGAUUCACCUGCAACCACAAAAUUUAGAUGGUAGUUAUGAGCAGUCAGCUAGCCACCAGGCUGGAGAUCAUAUAUACAAUUGUGAAUUUUGUAUUUCAAAGUUCAGCAACUAUGAAGAGUUUUUAGAUCAUCUUAACUGCCACAACACUCCUUGCUUACAAGAUGGACAACCAGAAGAAUAUAAGAAAAAACGAAAAUUGCAGUCUGUUUCACAGAGUUUCUAUUCUGAAAAUGGAACUCCUGAAGAUUGGAACUGUUGUGAGAGAGGUUUGACUGGAUCUAAUAAUAAAUGUAAACAGUGUAAUCCACAUUCAGUAAAUGCUGGUGAGUGUAACCUACAGAUGGGAAGUAAUUGUGACAAGACCCCUUUAAAUGGGUGUAGUGUAUCAGAUUGUGAAAAUAAUGGUGGUUACUUUGUGAAAAACUGCCAGAAUAGUCUGAAAGUUAUUGGGAAUAAUGAAUGUGAGUUAUGUAGUGUACAGUUUGUGAAUAAAGAUGAACUUAAUGUACACCAAGUGUCUCAUCAUAUGGACCAGCCUUCAACAAUGUUUAGCAAUAGAAAUUCUACCCACUGUCAGUCCAGCAUGAAUUUAUUGAAAGAUUCUGCUGGUCAAGGCCCAUCUGAGAAGAGUUGUGAGUUUUGCCAGAAGACAUUCAAUAGUACUUCAGCUCUCAUUACACAUCGACGUGUACAUACAGGAGAGACUCCUUACAAGUGUAGUUUUUGUCAAAAAAGCUUUAAACAAGCAGCACACAGAGAUGUUCAUAUGAGAAUACAUACGGGUGAGACACCAUACAAGUGCCAGUAUUGUGACAGAAGUUUUUCUCAGAACAACAACAGACUUCGGCAUGAAAAAACUCAUCAGUUAGACAACAAUACUACUACACAAUCCAAUGAAAAUUCUCCAAGGGCUGAGCUCCAGAAUGACAGCAAUGGGGCAACUGGUUCAUCAGCUGAGCAAAAUGGUGCAUUAUGUUUUACUUGUCCAGUAUGUGGAGCACUGUUUGAAAAUGGUUUGGACCUCACUGAUCACCAAACAAUUUGUUUCGCAGCUAAUGAUAAACUUGCACAUAAUGAUGUAGAUGUACCAAAUUGUUCUGUAAGUCUAGUAUUAGAAACAGAUUCUUUCCCUAAUGAUGACUUGCAGCACAUACCAAGUUUAUCUUCAGACAAUAACUACAGUCUUAAAGAAGCAGACAAGUCUAGUUACUCAGAUAAAAAUGUAAGUCAACCAAGUGAAAUAUUUUUCAGUUGUCAUUUUUGUGGAAUUAAAUUCAGAACUGAGUCUGUUUUAAAUAAACAUCAGAAGUUGUGUAAAGGUUCUUCAAGACUGGUUCCUGUAGCAACAGAUGAUAUUGGCCUAAUUACUACUGUCAUGUCUGAAGAUGGAUCUUCACAUUUUACAUUAAAAAAUAAUGUUGAACCAUCAAAAGCUAAGCAACAUGAUGCAACAGUAGAUCUGUUUCCAUGCAACAUUUGUGGUGAAGAAUUUACUCUUGCCAUACAUCUUAAUUGUCACAUGGCUACACAUUCAGAGCAAAAAGAAUUUACUGAUCAUGUUACUAAGCAAAAUAAACCAAGAGCACUUUCAAUAAACCUUGAAGAACCUUCUUUGCAUAUGACUGUUGAAGAAUUUGGGAAUUGUUCUGAAGAUGAAGGUCUUGCUACUCCUCAACCUGACUGUAGUGGUCAUCUGGAGAAUGGGGAAGACAGUGACAAUGUUGCAGAGAGGGAAGACAAUGAUGAAGAGCAAAAAGACAGUUCAAAACAAACUCACUUUAAGUAUAAGAAGAAUUCACAAAUAUUAGAUUUUGAAAAUUUGAUAAAAAAAGAAAUUCUUCUUGAAGAUUAUGAAAACCCUUUACAUCAACUAAAAAAAACUUUUAUUACAAAAGACAGUUCUAAAGACACAGAAAAUCCUUGUGGUAUUGAUACUGCUAUGGAAACAACAUCAACUUGCUUGCCUGAUGCAGAUCGAACAGGAUACUUUUGUCAUCAAUGUAACAUAGAGUUUACUAAUGAAGAAAAACUACAUCAACACAGGAUAUCUGUUCAUGAGGAAGCUAAAGAAAAUUAUGAAGUUGUGACUGGUGCAGAGCUAUUAUCUACACUAUGUAAUCGGGGGGAUGGAAACCUGCUUCUUGACCAACAUAUAUGUGAAUUUUGUGAGAAAGGAUUCAACAGUAGCUCUGCACUGCAUGUUCAUCGUAGAAUUCACACUGGGGAAUCUCCCUACAAAUGCCACCUCUGCAAUCGGAGAUUUAAACAGAAUAUUCAUCUCAAUGUCCAUUUGCGAACGCAUACAGGAGAAACUCCUUAUCACUGUCAAUUUUGUGACAAAAAAUUUACACAAAACAGUAACCGAAUUCGUCAUCAACGUAUGCAUCUAGCUGAUAUUACCACAGUGGAUAGUUCAGCUGUUGUGGACAAUAUUACUCCAUCUGAAAAUAAUGUGUCACUUGAACCAAACUCUGAUUCUAGAAACAGAGAUUCUUCAGAUGACCAUGAGCUUAUGACUAAUAGUGAACAGCAAUGGAAAGAUAAAAAGCCUUUAUAUUAUAACCAACUUUUUGAAAAGGAAAGGAAAUCAUCUGUUCUUAACAUCAUUCCUCUAGAGUAUCAUCCCCCAAAUGAGCCUAAAAUAGAAGUCAAUAAUAGUGACUUGACUGGUUCCAUUUACAUGGGAGACUCUCAGCAAAUGAGUGUUUUAAAAGAGGAAAUAGAUGCUGGUGACGAUAAGAAGCUACCUGUGAAUACUAACAACAAACAACCAGCUGACAAGGAAGGCUCCCAAAGUGAAGUGAACUUGUCCUUCCCUAAAGACUCUAAGUACUACUUAAGAAAUUCACACUUUAGAUGUGAUUUCUGCUCACGACAGUUUCGUAGUAAAUCUGCACUUAUCAUACAUCGGCGAGUACACACAGGAGAGAAACCUUACCAAUGUACAUACUGCUUGAAAAGCUUCAAGCAAGUUGCUCACUUAGAAACUCAUUCUAGAAUACACACAGGGGAAACUCCAUUCAAAUGUAACUACUGUCGACGAUCUUUCAGUCAGAAAAGUAAUUGUGAUCGUCAUCAUCGUAUUCAUGUGGCUUGGAAAAAGAGGAUGAAAGCUAGAGCUAAAGCUGCUGCUAAAACAGUUCACCUGUGUACCAUCUGUGAUGGUCGGUUUGCUAAUGCCAGUGCUUUAAGCAAGCAUAAAUGUUCUAAGGUAAUUUCACUUGAAGAAGCAGGAGGCAACACUGAUAAUGUGCUUUCAAGCAUACCUUACUCGUGCAAUAUAUGUGGUAAAAACUACAUUAACAAAGGAUAUUUUGAAAGACAUAAGCAGUCACACACUUUAAACACCACUUCAGAGAAAGAUGCAACAUCUGUUACUGAAAAGGCAUUUUAUUUAUGUGAGAUUUGCCAGCAAAAUUUUACAGAUAAAACACAAUACACUGAACAUGUAUUUCAGCAUAUCUCCGAGACACCAUGUGAUCAGGAAGCAAGUUCAUACACCUCUACUGACGAUGUUCCUGUUGACCAUAUUAGAGAAGUCUGCUAUUUAUGUGAGCAGUGUAAAAAAGAAUUUUAUAAUAAAGAAGAUUUCUAUUCUCACUCUUGCUCCUCUACUUUUGACUCUGGCAAUAAGGAAAGAUAUGAAGAACAUGACUCUAAAAGUUUUGAGAACUCCUGUAAUGAUGACGAAAUAUUUACCACAACUCUACUUGAUCAAGACCUUUCACGAGAAACUGAAGUUUCUGGGUUUUCAGAACAGAAUGGAAAUAACAGUGGACUGAGUGUGUGUGAGUUCUGCAACAAGACAUUCAAAAGUUUAUCAUCUUUGCUUAUUCAUCGACGUGUACACACUGGGGAGACACCAUUUAAGUGUCCUUAUUGUAAACGACAAUUUAAACAGAUUGCACACCUUGAUGUCCAUUUAAGAACACACACUGGAGAAACUCCUUUUAAAUGCCAGUUUUGUGACAAAUCAUUCACACAGAACAGUAACAAGAAUAGGCAUGAGAAAGUUCACCUGAGCAGUGAAACUGCAGCACAACUUGAACUCAGUAGUAGUCAAAUAUUUUCUAAAAAUUCUGUUAAUUCAGCAGUAACUACUUCUGAAAAACCAUGUCAAAGUUACUGCUGUGACAUUUGUUUUGCUAUGUUUUCUACAGAAAAUGACCUAAAUGAACACACCCAAACACAUCAAGAUACAAGCUAUGAUCUUGGGACUACACUUUUAGAUUUGAAUCAAAAUUCAAAUAAAAGGCACCAUCAAGGUGAAAAUGCUGAAUCUAACCAAAACCAAGUCCCACAUGGAAAAUCUAAGAGACUGAGUGACACAAAGAAAAGAUGUAUUAUGGAAGUCAAAGGAUUUCUUGCCAAUGAACAAGAGUUAAAGCCAGAAGUUUUUAAUCAAAAUAGACUUGACGACCAAAGUAUGACAUAUGAUAACUUUGGUGAAAAUAUUUCUUGCCACCAGUGUGAAAUGUGUGACAAAAUAUUUCAAACAAAUGAUGCUCUAGUAGAACACAAAUUCUCUGAGCAUAUAACAUCAGCUAGUAACCAAGACAUUGAUGAUUGCAAUUCAAAAAUAAUAGGCAGCCAGAAGUCUGUCUCUGCUAACUUUGACAAUGGUUUGCAAAAACAUGUAUGCGAAUACUGUAACAAAGAUUGCAAGAGUUUUUCUUCACUGCUUACACACAGACGAGUACACACAGGGGAAACUCCAUAUAAAUGUAGCUACUGUGAACGUAGCUUCAAACAAUCUGCUCACUUAGAUGUUCACAUGAGGACUCAUACAGGGGAAACACCUUAUAAAUGUAAGUUCUGUGACAAAGCAUUCUCUCAGAAUAGUAACAAGAAUCGUCAUGAGAGAUUACACCUCAUCCAAACAGCUACUUGAGUCAAAGUAAAACAAUAUUGUAACUACUCAGAGACUGAAUUGUGAAUACCUACCAAUGUGUAUAAUAGCAUAUACUGCAACACUUCAGCUUUUCUGUCAUCCUUUAAGAUAAGAGUUUAUCAUUAAUUUCAUAUUCAUAUGUCAAUCCAUAAACAUUGUAAUAAGAUGUCCAUUCAUCAAACUGCUUCAGUUUUGACUGAUGCCUUGUUUCUGAAGUUGGUUGACUUAUAUGCUGUUAUAUGUAAUGUUGCAGUCAACACGUCAACCACUGCCAGUAGAAAACAGCAUUUUCUAUUAUGACAAAUUAGUUUCUUAAAAUAAAAGGCUUUAUUAAGGAAUCAUA